AUGGAGAGGAGUCUCUUUUUCUUUUUCUUUUUUUUUCUUUCUUUUUUAAAUCCAAUUGAGUCUUUCCUUCCGUUCUUUCUUUCUUUCUUUCUUUCUUUCUUUCUUUCUUCUUUCACGUGUUAUUUAUGUCUUCAUUUCUAUUUUCAUUCUUUCUUUAUGUAUCUAUUUUAUUCAUUGCUUUCCUGUUUUAUUUUUCUUUCUUUCUUUUUCUUUCUUUCUUUCUUUGAUAUAUUUCCUUUCACUUUUUCUUUCCCUUUUCCUUUUGAACAUAUUUCUUUUUCUUUCUUUCUUUAUUUUUCUUUCUUUCUUUUUUUAAAAUUUUCUUUCUUCUUUCUUUUCCUUUCUUUCUUUUAUCUUUUCUCCUUUUGUUUCUUUCUUUUUUCUUUCUUUGGUAUAUUUCCUUUCACUUUUUCUUUCCCUCUUCUUUUUGUUCAUACCUCUUUUUCUUUCUUUCUUUCUGAUGUGGUUUCCGGUCUCAAAAUACUUUCUUUCUUUUCUCUUUUUGUUCCUUUCUUUCUUUCUUUCUUUCUUUCUUUCUUUCUUUCUUUCAAACUUUCUUUCUUUCAAACUUUCUUCUUGCUUUUUCUUUCUUUCCUUUCUCUUUUUGUUUCUUUCUUUUUUCUUUCUUUGAUAUAUUUCCUUUCACUUUUUCUUUCCCUCUUCUUUUUGUGCAUACCUCUUUUUCUUUUUUCUUUCUUUUCUCUUUUUGUUACUUUCUUUCUUUCUUUCUUUCUUUCUUUCUUUCUUUCAUUUAAAUUUUCUUUCUUCUUUCUUUUUCUUUCUUUCUUUUCUCUUUUUGUUUGUUUGUUUCUUUCUUUUUUCUUUCUUUGA